ACAAGUGCAGUGGAGACAUAUGCCCUUACUGAUAUUCUUUCUCAUAAACAUUUGUUGAUAAUUCGAAGGAUUACUGGAUAAAAAUUUCUAAGUGUUUGUAUAACUUCCCAAGAUGGUACUCUUUUUCACUUUUACAAUAACUUAAAGACAUAUAAUAUAGACUCUUGAUCUUGAAGUUUAAGGGACCUUGAUAAAACUUUUGAGUGAUCUCGAGUUUGAGGGAUUGAAGGUCAAGUCAAAUCCAGAAAUUAAAGGUCUGACCAUAAUGGUUCAUAUUUUAUAUAUUUGCUAUUUUAUAGUACACGAAGUGCAUAUUUACAACAUUGGACAUCUUGGCAUUGUUCUGACACGUUGUUCUUCAUACUUUUAGAUUAUUUGAUUUCGAUAACACAGAACUAUUUUGCAUGGAUAAAAAGAUUUUUUAAUAAAGUUUAUAAAACUAUUUAUUUGUUCUUUUUUCAUGUUAAGAUAGACAUACAUGUAAAUUCACAAGACAAAUUUCUCCUACAUAUAAACAAAGUUUUGCAGUCACUAACCACACAGAGCACAUUCGUCACAAUUUUCAGUCACUUUAAGCAAAGCACACAUCGUAAUUAGUGUUAAAUCUAAAGCAAACUAGCAUGGCGCCACACCAUGCCCUUUUUGGCUGGUGUCAUGCCCUUUUUUCUGUACGAAAAUUUGUUAACAAUGAAAGUGCCCCGAAAUUGUCUUGUCACGACGAAACAUAUGAUAUGUGUGACCUCUCUAGAUCCUAGAUUUAACACUAGUAAUAAAGAACGAUGUUUCCUUGGCAUAUCCCUAAAUCAUAUUCUCAAAAUUACUGUCUCAAUGUCAAAUCGAAACAAGUUGUAAAUUUGGCUAUAUUCAAAUCAUAUACCGAAAACAAAGUGCAGGGGGUUGGGGGUUUAAAUUGACCCAUUUCAAUUGAACAAUUUUAAAACUAUACACCCCCACAAGAAAACACAAGCGAUGUGUCACCUAAACUAAACACUUAAUUAAAGCUGCCGAGCUAACCCCAGACAUUCAACGUUAUCUAGGUAAGGUCAAAGUGGAAAAAAAUACAUGUUUCCGUGAAGUAGGGACGGUAGGGUACAUCAGAGAUCGAGAAUGAAAUGCGAUGAAAUACACUUUACGGGACCAAAACUUCGUUCCAAGAGAUCGAGAGCUUCAAGACAUCAAGUGUUUAAGAUGUUGAGAGUAAAUUUGCUUGGUAAUAUAGAGAGAAAAAAUCAGAACUGUGAUUUCACUUUGAGAGAUCAACAACUUUAAGAGAUCAAAGUUCAAGUCAUCUGUAUGUGCAUUUCCUUCUAGAUAUUGCGAGGACAUCCUUACUUCACAGAUUUCAUUGACAGAGAGGAUGAGAUAAUAGUGCAUUUUCAAAAUGACCAUAAUAAUUCCUAGUUGUGUAAUAUUAUAUCUAAUUGAGUAAGAGAGUAUAUUGGUUUUGAUUAAUAUAGGUUAUGAACAUUAUAGAGGUAUAGAGGUUAUAAUUUCACACAUACAUGGGAGCAUCUGAUAAUACCUGUGUGAUACUCCCUGAUGUCCAAAUGUGAUUGUCCUUUAACAUAAUCAUUGAGGACAAAUCAUGUCGAUGCGUGGAGACUGAUCCAACCAUUAACGCAUAUUUUUCGACCAACCUAAAUCCAGGGGUGGUUUUUCUGGUACCUGCAAUUUCACCUUUCCAACAAACAGUCUCCUUAAUCUUAGCUAAUUGUCUUGCAAAAGAAGCAAUACCACUAGCUCUAGAAAGACAAUUUAAUGCCACUCUCUCACCUAAUAAUAAACGACGGACUUUGCCAGUCACUUUCGCAACACACUGUAUAGGUUCUAAAAAUUCUCCCUCCUCGUAUUCCCAUGCAACAUCACAGUCUAAUUCUUUGAAGACAGCAUUAAAAAAAGGUUUACCAGCUAUGACCCCCUGACUUUUGAUUAGGAGUAAAGCAGUCUCCUCUUUUUCACCAACAACAAAUCCUCCAUAAUCAAAAUUUGGAGUGUCUUCUUUUAACCAUUCGCGUGCCAUGUGCUGUAAUGUCACUGGUGAAAGGACGUUUGAAAAAAUAGGUUUGUAAAUGUUAUUCAAAAUGCGAUCUUCCGUUGCCAUUGUUGUUAAUAGAUAAUCACUAUACACUUUUUAAAAUUGAACAAUUGAAAAUCUCUUCGUUUGCGUUGCCGUUCCCCAACUUGCUCCCUGACUUUGCAAACAAACCAAUACCUGGAACUUCGAUCCCGAACUUAUUGGAGUUGAAAUGAUAACCCCUGUGAAAUGGUUCCGUUUAUAUUUCAAGAAUAAACACACUUUUAUUGCAACGAAAUAAAAGACACAUUCCUUUCUAUAUAUAGGUUUUGCACAAAUGAAGAUGUACCUAGGGUACAGGCCCUAAACUUUCGAGAUCAUCCCCAAGUUGUAAAAACAUAAACCGAAACCGGAAAUCGACUGCUUUCCUGUUUCAGAGGCCAUUUUGUUAAAAAUUAGACCACUUAGCAUUGAAGGACGGAUAAAAGGAUCGGCACGCGUUUAAAGGGGAACUUAAUAACUUAUGACAACAAUAGCUUGUGAAUAUAUAUUUGCUAUCACGCUGAUAUUGAGGGAAAUAUUUCUUAGGUCACACAUUAAUCGGCAGACAGACGAACCUCCCACAGGCGGGGUUAAGACCUCGGAGUUUUGACGGAUACGCUAUGAAUCGGAACACUGUAUUACUUAUUCUCUCAUAUUUCACAUACUUGAAAAAACAUUCUGCUUGAAAUGAUUUGUGUCCUCUAAGUGUGAACUCGAGUAUUAGUGUUAUUAAUUCAUGUCGUAGAAACAAGUGCAUUUUGUGUGCAAAUUUCUGUCAGCAGCUGCAGCUGGAGUCCCGCUAAUGUUGGAAGCAUAUUGAGUAAUUUUUCAAGUGUUGACAAUAGAUUGGAUUGAUUAGUUAUACAGACAACAUGUUCAGUUUUAUGAAACAUAAGGAUAAAAAAGACAAGGAGGAGAAAAAGAAGGAGAAGAAAGAGAAGAAGGAAAAAGAUAAAAAAGAAAAGCGGGAACCAAUGACACAAGAUGAGUUGAACAAAUUAGAUGAGGUGAAGAAAGGUGUGUUCAGGCGACUGAGUGACAAGGACAAGAGUAGGAAGUCUGGGUAUAAAUCUUUACCACCUGGUAGUCAGGAUGUCAAAAGGGAUACCAGUGACAGUAGUUUAAGUGGAGGAAGUGGACCGAGUCAGGAAACCUCCCCAGGAUCACCGGAGCAAAGGGUCACCCUGACAAAGCCCCAGAGACUGCCAAGUGAAGGUAGAGCAGAUCGGAAGGCACCUCCAAGCAUUGCUCCCAAACCAAAAUCUAUUCUGAAAGGGAAAGUGGAACAGAAACAAUUUUCAACAAACAUUGAUGACACAACAAUUUUGCAAGAGAAUACUAGAUUGAAUGAAUUUAAUGCACAUAUAACAAAUUCUCAUGCUAAAGAUGAAGUAGUUCAAAAGGAAAAUAGACCUUUGCAGUCACAGACUUCAUUACCCUUAUCAGACUCGUCUCAGAAGUCUCCUGAAAAAUCGUACAAAUCAGAUUUAAAAUUGCCAGAAAUAGUACCACCAAAACCGCCUAGAGUAAGAGAAUUAGUUCUUCAAAGGCAGCCAAUGGGUGGUUUUGGUUUUACAUUAAGGAAAGCAGUUGUUGCGGACAAUGAAGAAGAACUGAAACAUACAGUUGUGUUUGCAGAACCAGGAAGUGGGCCAAAAGCCUUACAAACUGGAUUGAUACCAGGGGACAGACUCAUUGAAAUAAAUGGCAUCAAUGUUGAGAAUAUUUCCAGGGAAGAGAUGGUGGAAAUGAUCCGGCAGUCUGGGGAGACUGUUGCAGUGAAAGUACAGCCCAUUCAAGAGCUGAUUGAACUCAGUGUUAGACCUGGCAGUGACGGAGGCAGUGUAGAAGUAGAGGAAACCGUCAGCAAAGGUGGAACGUUGAAGCGCAGUGGAAGUAUACGCUACAAGAAAGGGGCUCGGUCAGAAACUGAGGUGCAGUCGGAGAAGGCUUGGCUGGAAGCAGAAAAAGUAUGGCUGGUCCACAAAGGCGGCUUUGCCUCAGCCAGCAUUAUAAAGGGGAAUGGGAUGUCCCCUCUGCCCGAGGGCAAGGUCCGAAUCAAGCUAGACAAUGGAGGGGAUGUACUGGAGGUGGAUGAGGAUGAUGUAGAAAAGGCUAACCCUCCACAAUUUGACCGAACAGAAGAUCUUGCCUCCCUGAGGUUUUUGAAUGAGUCCAGUACACUACACAUCUUGAGACAGAGGUACGGGGCUAACCUCAUACACACAUAUGCGGGAUCCAGCAUGGUGGUGGUCAAUCCAAUGCACCAAAUGUCCAUUUAUUCUGAAAAGGUUAUACAAGUCUUCAAGGGAUGUAAGCAGGAGGACAUGCCCCCUCACAUUUAUGCCAGUGGUCAAAUUGCCUACAGAGACAUGUUGAACAGCAGGCGGGACCAGUCGAUCAUCUUAAUGGGCAGAAGUGGCAGUGGGAAGUCUGUCAGUGCCAAACACAUUCUAUCAUACUUAACCUUAGCAGCAGGCAGCAUCAGCAACAUACUGACUGGUGACAAGCUGAAUGCCAUUUCCACCCUUAUGGAUGCCUUCGGAAACAGUAGAUCCAUACUGAAUACCAAUGCUAGCAGAUAUGGACAGCUUACAACACUAGACUUUGAUCAUUCAGGUCAAAUUGCCUCAGCCUCCUUACAGGUUAUGCUGUUUGAGAAGACCAGGGUGGUAAGGAGACCAGAAGGGGAACCCAGCUUCCAUGUCUUCUACCAGAUGUUGGCUGGACUAGAUUCCGGUCUGAGAAAUGAACUUCAGCUCAAUGCUCUAGGGGAUCCUAAUCUGUUCAUGACUCCACUACAGAGGAAUGAGGACCGUCAGAGAGCAGCUGCCUCUUGGGGGAAGAUCUUCCAUGCCAUGGACAUCAUAGGAAUGUCAGAAGAGGAGAAACGUUCCAUUUGCUACAUCCUGGCAGCCAUUUAUCACCUGGGAGUAGCUGGAGCUGUGAAGGGACAGAACAAUAAGCCGCAGUUUGCCAGACCAGCAGCCGCAAUGAAGGCAUCGCAACUGAUUGGCAUCACGCAGGAGGAGCUAGCCAGGCAAAUUUUUUCAUCAGGGGGAUCCUCUACACUGAGCAGAAGUACCUCAAUGAGGAUAAAUCGACCUAUAGGGGGGAGCCCGGCUGACAAAGGUCAAGGAGAUUUUAACACUAAUGCUAUGGAGGCUCUAGAGGGUUUUGUCAUAGGCCUGUACUCUGCUGUCUUUAAUGCCAUAGUGUCUCUAAUAAACAGAUCCAUGUCUUCAAAUAUUCGGACUUCCAGUUCCAUAACAGUCGUUGACCUGCCUGGAUUUCAGAAUCCAGCUACUUGUGGACGAAACUCAGGUGCUACAUUUGAGGAUUUGUGUUACAACUACGCACAGGAGAAAAUGCAAAUGCUGUACCAUGAAUUGACCUUCACCUUACAACAGGAUAGAUACAGUCAGGAGAAUGUGGAGUGUGAUUUUGAGUUUGUUACCAACAGUCCUGCAGCCAUGAUCUCUCUGAUGGACAAGCCAGCCCAGCAACUUUUGCGUCCCAUUGGGAACAGGCAUCAUGGGAUUGAUUCCCAUCAUUCAAAUCAUGAUCAUUCCCAUCAUGCAUCUGAUGAGGUGAGAACUUCAUCUCAAGAAAUAAAGGAAAGUGAUAAGAAAGGGUUGCUAUGGAUUUUGGAUGAAGAAGCCAUAUUUCCUGGUGCAACAGAGGAUAGUUUUAUGGACAGACUUUUUACUCACCAUGGAGAACAGAAAGUUAAAAAGGACAGUCUUCUAAGAAAGGCCUCUUCACUUGGGAACACCUUUAUUCUGAAUCACUACCAGGGCACCAAUCCUGUUCAAUACAAUGCCAGUGGCUGGCUAAAAGGAUGUCGGGAAAACCCCCUCGUCAAAACUGCUAUUCAAGUCCUCCAGGAUUCAAAGAGGCAAAACAUCAAUGAACUUUUCAACACAGUAAAAGCCCCAGUGGCUGGAAUGGUCAGUGGCUCCAUCGUUGGUAUGGAAGGGUCCACUUCUCUCAAAAGGGUAGGAAGCAUGCGGAGGACAUUUAUGUCUGGGACAGCUGGUCUCAAGAAACGCUCAAUGUGUCUCCAGGUUAAAUUUCAAGUGGAUUCAAUAAUAGAAACUGUUCGUAAAACCAAGUGUCACUUUGUUCACUGUCUCUUACCACAACAAAACGCUGGAUUGUGGGAGCUCAAACAAGGGUCAUCUCAAGACAAACCGUCCGAUGAAAACCUCAUGAAUGUUCCUCUCAUAAGAUCGCAAAUCAGAGGAGCCGAGUUACUUGAGGGUGUUAGAAUCUACAGACAAGGAUUUCCUGAUAAUAUGGUGUUUGGUGAGUUCAAACAGAGAUUUAAGGGUCUCCUUCCACCAGGAAAUCAACCUUCCAAAGAUGCGGACUUAAAACAGGCAGUUUUGAAUAUCUUGGAUCAUCUAGAUAUUGACAAACUAAACUACAGAGUUGGUUUAAGUCAGGUGUUCUUCCGAGCAGGUGCUCUUACCAGGUUGGAAAUGGCUCGUGAUGAGAAGAUCUCAGGAACUAUAGUCAACUUGCAGGCUCGCUGUAGAAGCUUCUUGGCCCGAAAGAAUCUAGAAAAAUUAAAGGUGAAACAUAUUGCCAUUAGCUGUAUACAAAAGAAUGUCAGGAAACUGAUGCUGAUUAAAGACUGGUCCUGGUGGAAGCUGUUCACCAAGGUUCAACCUUUACUUGACGUCCACCGAACAGAGGAGGAACUGAAGAACAGAGAAUAUGAACUAGAACAGAUGAAAGCUAAAUUAGAGAGGCUUGAAAGAGAAAGGAAUGAAUACAAAACACAGUCCGAGAAAUUGGAGAACCGAUUAGCAGAAGUUACAGCAGAUUUAGCAGAGGAGCAUGAUACUGCCACUCAUGCCACAGAAAUGUUAGAGGCUGAGACUGCAGAUAGAAUGAGACUGGACAAAGAGCUAAAGGAUAUUCAGUCAAAGUACGGAGUUUUGAAGAGACAUGCAGAGAAAGUUGAGAUGGAGGUUACCCAGAUGCACUUGUGGCAUGCUCAAGCAAUGGAGGGGGAAAUGGAUGAAGAUUUUGGAGAUGACUCCAUUUACAAGGAAAGGUACGAGAGAGUGAGGAAGGAGUCUGUGGUGACCAGGAAGCGCAUAGAGAAACAACACGAAGAGGAGCUGGAAAAGGAGCACUCCCUGAAGAAGAACAUCGAGAGAAAGCUCCAUGAGGCCAUUGAGGAUGCUGAAGACCAGAGGAGACAAUUAUCUGCAGCCAAGAAAAAGACGCAGCGCCUGGCUGCGGAAAUGCAGGACACUAAAUUACACCUGGAGGAGCAGAUGUCACGCAACAACGACUUGGAACGCAAGCAGAGACGGUUUGAUGCCGAGUUGAGCAAAUCCCAGGAAGAGGUCAGAGAAGAGAGACAUUUACGAGAAAAGUUGCAGAGGGAAAGGGACCAAUUAGCCUCCACAAAGAUCACGCUAGAGCAGGAUCUGCAGAGAAUGAAAUUGGAAUACGAAGAGAAAUCUGAGAAAGUGGAUCGUCUUAACCGAGAACUGAUGGAUUUGACGCUGACAGGAACUAAAGGAUCAGACCAUGAGGUGAUGGCUCUGAAGAAAGCUAAGCAUGAGCUGGAGUCUAAGAUCAAAGAUCAGGAGGAGGAGCUGGAUGACCAGGCUGGACAGAUACAGCAGCUGGAACAGACCAAGAUCCGCCUCGAGAUGAACCUGGAGCGAGCCAAACAGCAACACAACAAAGAGCUAGAGGAAAAGGAAGAGGAGAUGGAGGAAUUAAGAUACUCCAUGCAAAAAAAGCUAAAGAACCUAGAAAAUCAGAUAGAAGAAGAAUAUGAUGAUAAGAAGAAACUACAACAAGAAAAGAGGGACCUAGAAAGACAAAUCCACGACCUCAGUUCUAAAGCAGGGUCACGGGACAAGGAGGGAGAGAAGCGACUGAAGAGGGACCUAAUACGGACCCGGGCACUUCUAAGAGAUGCUGAGAUUGUGAUACAGAAGAAUCAGGGAACAGAAGGCACUAAAGCUCAAAUCAAAGCCCUCAGGAAUAAGCUGGAUGAUUCGGAGUACGCUGCAGCUGCUGCCACCAAAGCCAAGAAAACGAUGGAACUAGAAAUCCAGGACCUUCAGCAACAGAUAGACGACAUCUUCAGAGCCAAAACAGAGUCCGAAAACAAGGCAAUGGCUUUGCUAAGGGAGAAGACUGAGUUACAGAGUCAAUUAGAUGAGAAUGAGGAAGAUUACAAUGAUGUGAUGAGGAAAUACAAAGCGGUGGUACAACAGGCUACACUGGACCAAAGCAUGAUUUCCCAGCAGUCUCAGCAGAUAGAGGAACUCUCAACUGACAGGGACCGACUCAAACAGGAGAUUGCAGAUUUACACUUAAAAGUUCAGGGCUUUGAGGAUAACACAGUAGAUAAGUCAGCUGUAGCCAGGCUUGAUAGCAAAGUUAAAGACCUAGAAAACAAAUUAGACUUAGAAAUUGCACAGAAACAUAGAUUAGAGGUUCAGUUGAGUAGAAUUAAAGAGCAGUUGGAUAAAGUGGUGGAGGAGAAACAAGGAAUGAUGUCCCAAAAGACACAGACUGAGGAGAAUUUGAAGAAAGUCCAUCGACAACUAAGGGAUCUUCGGGAGGAAUUCUCAGAUGCUCAAAAGAAGGAGAUGGAGGUCGCUCAGAAAAACAAGGAACUGGAGAGCAAGGUGCUGGACUUGGAGGCAGAUUUUGUACAGAAGCAUGCUGAUCUUAAGUUGGCCUUCAAACGAAUCUCAGACCUACAGGCAGCCUUAGAAGAAGACAUGCUAAGUGAUGAGGAUUUAAUGUUGAAUAGUGAUGAGUCCGAUCUCGAUGAUAAUGAUGAUGAUUACCUGGGUCAGCGGACGUCUGCCCUGUAUAAUCACAGUAGUUCACACUCGCGUUCUCCACGAACUCUCUCCUCUAGUAGUACUCAAGACAGUCACAGUCCUAGACCUACACAAAUUAAUGGAGCUUCUGGCUAUGACUGACAGUACAGCAAUGCUUAGUUUAUGGGCAAAGUGCAACACUUCCCAGCAUGGGACAAAUAAAUACCUCCAAGAAAUCAAAAACCUAUCCAGGUGCUCAAGAGAGUGAUACAAGUCCUAAAAACACUCUCACUAAAGACUCUAGCUUCAGACCACAGGAAACAAAUGUUUUUUUCUGGUGAAAUCCUUAGAAACUUGGAAUUAAGUAAAGUUCACAGGAAUAGUGAUGUUGUGGUAGUGAGAAGGGCCUUUUCUUCAUAAAUAUUUAUAUUCAGUAAUCUAAAACUUGAAUUUGAUAAAAACAUUUUAUUGAUUUCAUGUUCUUAAGUGGAUGAUUACAUAAUUAUGGACAAAAUAUAUUUGGAAAAUAUAUUUCCGUAUUUAAUAUAAGUGUUACAUACAUAUUGAGCAUAUCUAUGUACAUGUAUCAUAGUAAUUUUUUAUUCAUCGAUAUACUGUAAACGUACUUUUUUCCACGGGUUCAUAAUUACGCGGAAUCUCAAUAUCAGUUUAAUCCGCGGGUAAACAAUUACACGGAUUCUUUGUAUGACUACAAAGUAUGCUUUGUAUGAUUACACAGUACGCUGUGACAAAUUUCCGCGGAAAAUUUGUUACCGCGUUCAUAGCGUAAAUUAAUACCACGCGGAAAAAAGUACGUCUACAGUAUUAAUGAAAAAGUCUCUAUACUUCUGUCAAGGAUUUUUAACUGUGAUAUAAGUGUGCUUUAUUUAUCCCUCAUUCUAGUACUAAUCCAAAUGUAUAAUAAUAAUGUAAUUAUCUCCCUUGCCAACAAUUAUCUUAGUAAACAAAACACAAAAGAAGAAAUUGUUUUAAAAAAUUAUUACUUUUACUAGAAUGGUUGUGUAUGAACAAUGUCACAUGCAGAAAAAGUUGAAUGUCAUACUUGUAUGAUGAUGGAAAUUUCAGCAUUUGAGAUAUGAAAACAGUGUUGAAUGUGGAUGAAAGCAAUGACAAUAUGUUUGAUUGUUCCUAGAAGCUUAAUAAAAUGGGAACAUAGGAGUUUUUCUUCCUUGGUCAUAUUCUUACAGCAGGAGAAUAUGUCCCCAUCAAUUUCAUCUUUCAUAUGUUGUUAGUUAUUUCAUUGAUGCAUUUAGAUAAAAAAAUAAUAAGAAAAA